CCCUACGACAUUUAGAAUACACUUUGCUCUUGUGUGGAUAAUUCGGAGUAUCCCUUCACGUAUUGACCCAUCUGCGUUGAAAUAACUAUCUUUGACAGAGACUGAGAUCUCGAAAGUAUGCCAUCGCAACAGAAUAGGGGCCCAGAGCUCCUCGGCGUGCAGGCGGCAUUCCUUGCGGCAGCCUGGAUUGCCACAUGUCUCUUAUACGUAAAAACAUCCCUCACGAAGAGUCAUACAGUCGACGAUGGCGUUAUGUAUCUUUCAACCGCCCUGUACUCCGUUUACGCAGCCGUCGCCGUCCACGGUAUUAUCAACGGCGGCAUAGGCCGACAUACCUCAGAUCUGGACCCAGGCAGUAUUGUUAUAGCACUCAAGGUCUGGUACACGUGCGAGAUUCUUUACGCCUUCAUAUCCGCCCUCAUCCGGACCUCGAUCUGUCUCUUUCUCCUCCGCAUCUUCAACCGCGGGACAAACAAGCUGGCCAAGAAGAUGCUGCAAGCCAACAUCGUCUUGGUCUGGGUCUCGUCUUUGAUUUACCUCUUCAUAGUCGUCUUCCAGUGCAACCCGCCCAACUAUUACUGGGCCAAGUUCGAAGGACUUCAGGGCAGCUGUCGCCCUGCCCAUCUCGUGCCGAACGCAACAGUCGCCCACAGUGUUAUUGCCGCCUUGAGCGACUGGGUGAUUGGCAUAUUACCCAUGUCGAUUCUUUGGCAGCUUCAGAUGAAGCUAGAGAAGAAGAUUCGGUUGUUAUGCUUUUUCGGAAUCGGUAUGAUUGCCGGGAUCAUCAUGAUCAUCAGGAUACCUUACAUAAAGGUGCUCGAGAUAUCGGCCGACUUUCUGUACCAGACAGUCGACGUUGCUUUGUGGUCUCUUUUGGAGCCGUCAAUUGGUAUCGUUGCAGGUUGCAUCGCUACGCUCCGGCCCCUCAUAGCCACUUGCGCGACAAGCACAAGAUCGAGAAAGAGAUCAACCUCAUCUUGGAGGCGUUCCAUCCCGGCGCCACACACAAUCCUCGUCACCAAAGAGGUGGAGGUCACUGUCGAAACGGGUGAUGAACGACCGCUCAAGCCGGGGAGGCCAUUACCAGACUGGUAGCACCAGGAAAAUAUCUUCUAAAUGCGGAGGCGCAAGACGAGAAAAUUGAUUCUCCUGGAGAUGCUAAGCU